AGAAUUUUGUCCCAAAUAAAAGGAAUGAAGUCUGGCUCCGGAGGAGGGUCCCCGACCUCGCUGUGGGGACUCGUGUUUCUCUCCGCCGCGCUCUCGCUCUGGCCGACGAGUGGAGAAAUCUGUGGGCCCGGCAUUGACAUCCGCAACGACUACCAGCAGCUGAAGCGCCUGGAAAACUGCACAGUGAUUGAGGGCUUCCUCCACAUCCUGCUCAUCUCCAAGGCCGAGGACUACCGAAGCUACCGCUUUCCCAAGCUCACGGUCAUUACCGAGUACUUGCUGCUGUUUCGAGUGGCCGGCCUCGAGAGCCUGGGAGACCUCUUCCCCAACCUCACAGUCAUCCGUGGCUGGAAACUCUUCUACAACUAUGCACUGGUCAUCUUUGAGAUGACCAAUCUCAAGGAUAUUGGGCUUUAUAAUCUGAGGAACAUUACUCGGGGGGCCAUCAGGAUUGAGAAGAAUGCUGACCUCUGUUACCUCUCCACUAUAGACUGGUCUCUCAUCUUGGAUGCAGUGUCCAAUAACUACAUUGUGGGGAACAAGCCCCCAAAGGAAUGCGGGGACCUGUGUCCUGGGACCUUGGAGGAGAAGCCCAUGUGUGAGAAGACCACCAUCAACAACGAGUACAACUACCGCUGCUGGACCACAAAUCACUGCCAGAAAAUGUGCCCAAGCGUGUGUGGAAAGCGAGCCUGCACCGAGAACAAUGAAUGUUGCCACCCAGAGUGCCUGGGCAGCUGCCAUACACCCGACGACAACACCACCUGUGUGGCCUGCCGACAUUACUACUACAAAGGCGUGUGUGUGCCCGCCUGCCCGCUGGGCACCUACAGGUUCGAGGGCUGGCGCUGUGUGGACCGCGAUUUCUGCGCCAACAUCCCCAACGCCGAGAGCAGCGACUCCGACGGCUUUGUCAUCCACGACGGCGAGUGCAUGCAAGAGUGUCCCUCAGGCUUCAUCCGCAACAGCACCCAGAGCAUGUACUGUAUCCCCUGUGAAGGCCCCUGCCCCAAAGUCUGUGGCGACGAAGAAAAGAAAACAAAAACCAUCGAUUCGGUGACGUCGGCUCAGAUGCUCCAAGGUUGCACCAUCUUGAAGGGCAACUUGCUUAUCAACAUCCGGCGAGGCAAUAACAUUGCCUCAGAACUGGAGAACUUCAUGGGCCUCAUCGAGGUGGUGACCGGCUACGUGAAGAUCCGCCAUUCCCAUGCUUUGGUCUCCUUGUCCUUCCUGAAGAACCUUCGCCUAAUCUUAGGAGAGGAGCAGCUGGAAGGGAACUACUCCUUCUAUGUGCUGGACAACCAGAACUUGCAGCAGCUGUGGGACUGGAACCACCGGAACCUGACCGUCAGGUCGGGGAAGAUGUACUUUGCUUUCAAUCCCAAGCUGUGUGUCUCUGAAAUCUACCGCAUGGAGGAAGUCACAGGAACAAAGGGCCGCCAGAGCAAAGGGGACAUAAACACCAGGAACAACGGAGAGCGAGCUUCCUGUGAAAGUGACGUUCUCCGUUUCACAUCUACCACCACCUCAAAGAACCGCAUCAUCAUAACCUGGCACCGGUACCGGCCCCCAGACUACAGGGAUCUCAUCAGCUUCACGGUGUACUACAAGGAGGCACCCUUUAAAAACGUUACAGAAUACGAUGGACAGGAUGCCUGUGGCUCCAACAGCUGGAACAUGGUGGAUGUGGACCUGCCUCCCAACAAGGAGGGGGAGCCUGGCAUUUUACUGCAUGGGCUGAAGCCCUGGACCCAGUAUGCUGUUUAUGUCAAGGCUGUGACCCUCACCAUGGUGGAAAACGACCAUAUCCGUGGGGCCAAAAGUGAAAUCUUGUACAUUCGCACCAAUGCAUCAGUUCCUUCCAUUCCCCUAGACGUCCUCUCCGCUUCAAACUCCUCCUCUCAGCUGAUUGUGAAGUGGAACCCCCCAACGCUGCCCAAUGGUAACUUGAGUUACUACAUUGUGAGGUGGCAGCGGCAGCCACAGGAUGGCUAUCUGUACCGGCACAACUACUGUUCCAAAGACAAAAUACCCAUCAGAAAGUACGCGGAUGGCACCAUCGAUGUGGAAGAGGUGACCGAGAACCCCAAGACAGAAGUGUGUGGUGGUGAUAAAGGGCCUUGCUGUGCUUGUCCCAAAACUGAAGCCGAGAAGCAGGCCGAGAAGGAAGAGGCUGAGUACCGCAAGGUCUUUGAGAAUUUCCUUCACAAUUCCAUCUUCGUGCCCAGACCCGAAAGGAAGCGGAGAGAUGUCAUGCAAGUGGCCAACACCACCAUGUCUAGCCGGAGCAGGAACACCACGGUGGCAGACACCUACAAUAUCACAGACCCGGAAGAAGUCGAGACAGAAUACCCUUUCUUUGAGAGCAGGGUGGAUAACAAGGAGAGAACUGUCAUUUCCAACCUCCGGCCUUUCACUUUGUACCGCAUCGAUAUCCACAGCUGCAACCAUGAAGCUGAGAAGCUGGGCUGCAGUGCCUCCAACUUCGUCUUUGCGAGAACCAUGCCUGCAGAAGGAGCAGAUGACAUUCCUGGACCAGUGACCUGGGAGCCAAGACCUGAGAACUCCAUCUUUUUAAAGUGGCCAGAACCCGAGAACCCUAACGGAUUGAUCCUAAUGUAUGAAAUAAAGUACGGAUCACAAGUUGAGGAUCAGCGGGAAUGUGUGUCCAGACAGGAGUACAGGAAGUAUGGAGGGGCCAAGCUUAACCGGCUAAACCCGGGGAACUAUACAGCCCGGAUUCAAGCCACCUCUCUCUCUGGCAAUGGGUCGUGGACAGAUCCUGUGUUCUUCUAUGUCCCAGCCAAGACGACGUAUGAGAACUUCAUGCAUCUGAUCAUCGCUCUGCCAGUAGCCAUCCUGCUGAUUGUGGGAGGACUGGUAAUCAUGCUGUAUGUCUUCCAUAGAAAGAGAAACAACAGCAGGUUGGGCAAUGGAGUGCUGUAUGCCUCUGUGAACCCCGAGUAUUUCAGCGCAGCUGACGUGUACGUGCCCGAUGAAUGGGAGGUCGCCCGAGAGAAGAUCACCAUGAACCGGGAGCUUGGACAAGGGUCCUUCGGGAUGGUCUAUGAAGGAGUGGCCAAGGGCGUGGUCAAGGAUGAACCUGAAACCAGAGUAGCCAUCAAGACCGUGAAUGAGGCUGCAAGUAUGCGCGAAAGAAUCGAGUUUCUCAACGAGGCCUCGGUGAUGAAGGAGUUCAACUGUCACCACGUGGUUCGCUUGCUGGGUGUGGUGUCCCAAGGCCAGCCCACCCUGGUCAUCAUGGAACUAAUGACGCGUGGGGAUCUCAAAAGUUAUCUCCGGUCUCUAAGGCCAGAAGUGGAGCAGAAUAAUCUGGUCCUGAUUCCUCCGAGCUUAAGCAAGAUGAUCCAGAUGGCUGGAGAGAUUGCAGACGGCAUGGCCUACCUCAAUGCCAACAAGUUUGUCCACAGAGACCUUGCUGCUCGGAACUGUAUGGUGGCUGAAGAUUUCACAGUCAAAAUUGGAGAUUUCGGUAUGACACGAGACAUCUACGAGACAGACUACUACCGGAAAGGUGGGAAGGGGCUGCUGCCUGUACGCUGGAUGUCUCCCGAGUCCCUCAAGGAUGGAGUCUUCACUACUCACUCAGAUGUCUGGUCCUUUGGGGUCGUCCUCUGGGAGAUUGCCACUUUGGCUGAGCAGCCAUAUCAAGGCUUGUCCAACGAGCAAGUUCUUCGCUUCGUCAUGGAGGGCGGCCUUCUGGACAAGCCGGACAACUGCCCUGACAUGCUGUUUGAACUGAUGCGCAUGUGCUGGCAGUACAACCCUAAGAUGCGGCCCUCCUUCCUGGAGAUCAUUGGCAGCAUCAAGGACGAGAUGGAGCCCAGCUUUCAGGAGGUCUCCUUCUACUACAGUGAGGAGAACAAGCCUCCCGAGCCGGAGGAGCUGGAGCUGGAGCUGGAGCUGGAGCCCGAGAACAUGGAGAGUGUACCGCUGGACCCCUCGGCCUCCUCUGCCUCCCUGCCUCUGCCUGAAAGACACUCAGGACACAAGGCCGAGAAUGGCCCCGGCCCUGGAGUACUGGUUCUCCGCGCCAGUUUCGAUGAGAGACAGCCUUAUGCUCACAUGAACGGGGGACGCGCCAAUGAGAGGGCUUUGCCUCUGCCUCAGUCUUCGACCUGCUGAUGCGCGCGCAGACAGUGACGUGUGCGCCCCCUCGGUGGGCGGGGAAAAGCAGGUUGUAACAAUCUAGUCACAAGCCUCCUGUACCUCAGUGGAUCUUCAGAACUGCCAUUGCUGCCCACGGGAGAAGGCUUCUCUGCAGUAAACACAUUUGGGACCUUCCUUUUUUUCAAUAUGCAAAAGCAGCUUUUUAUUUCCCUACCCAAACCCUUAACUGACAUGGGCCUCUGCAAACCUUAAUGACAACACUUAAUAGCAACAGGACACUCGAGAAUUGAGUCUCUUCAUUCUCUGCCUUUUCUCUCUCUUCUGCCUUCCUUCUCUUUCCUCUCCCUCUCUUCCUCUUCCACUUUCUCCUUUUUCUGCUUCACAAUGGAAAAAUGUUUGCCGAAAGCCCAGCUGGGAAGCCUUUUUUUAAAAAAAAAAACAAAAAAACAAAAAAACAAAAUCAGAUUGACUUAGUGGCUAUCCCUGGGGCUCCUCCUCACCCCAUACACACCUGCCUGACACCGUAGGUCUUUACAAAAAAAACAAAAAUAUACAACAAAAAAAAUGCACACACUGAGAUGGAAUUUUUUACCUGUAUCUUUAACCUUUUUAGGGUCAUCUGAAAUUUUCAAAGGGCCAUUGUUCAUCCAUGGUUGUUAUCAUUUUCAUGCUGCCAAAUUUUGCCAAAAUCCUAAUUUUUUUUUUUUUCUCGCUUGCGCUCCCUGCGCUGAUUUCCUUUUGUCCAGAGGCAUGGGGUGAAACUUGUCAUCGAGUUGAUAACAGCAUUUGAGAGACACACUGGCGGGCGAUGUCCCCUCCGUGCCGCGGUGUGUUCUUCUAGCCCACACCCCCCUGGGUCUCGUUGUUUUGUGACAACUAGGUUAUUGUUUGGGAGAACUGGGCAAGAUGGGACUUGCCUUCAUUGAAGAAGAGGAAGGCUGAGCUGGCUCCCCUUUCCUACGCCACUCACAGCACCCCAAGAAUUCUGGAGGAGACGGUCAUGAGUAAGCCUGAAGGUCAGGUUGUGGGUCAAGGUGGUCCUCAUGCCAGCCUCCUUCCCCUUCUGGCCCCCAAGGGACGCAGAUGCCAAAGGGUUCCAGGGAUGCAGCCCAGCCGUUGAUGCAGAUGUGCAGGGGAGGGAUUGAGACACCGUAGCAGCACGAAGCAGCGCAGGCAGUGGAUCCAAGUAGUCUAAGCUUUGAGAUCGUCUCUGUUACUAGGACUUCUUCAUGGUUCUCUCAGUUCUAUGUCAGACCAUGAAACAUUUGCAUACACAUCGUCUUCAAUGUCACUUUUAUAACUUUUUUACGGUUCAGAUAUUCAUCUAUAUGUCUGUACAGGAAAAAAAAGCUGCUAUUUUUUUUUUUUUUUUGUUCUUUGUCUUUGUGGAUUUAAUCUAUGAAACUUUCAGGUCUCCCCUCUUCUUCCUUUUCGCUCACUCCGGGAACCUUCCUGUGCUCUGUACUAGAGUGUGAUUUCCCUGCCUCUCUUCCAGUGAUGCUUCUAGAACAUAAUUUGCCAUGAACUGUUGGAUGCCUUUUUAUAAACACAUCUCCCUUCCCUGCUCCCUGCAGCCCCAUUCACUAUCUUCUAACCCAUAGGUUCUGUGGGCGUAGUGCUGGUAAGGGACCGAGGAGGAGAGAGACCAGGACCCAGGUACUGCUGGGCUCUGCUCUCAUUCCCACACCUCCCUGAACACAACAUUGGAGUCUGUUAACCCUGCAAGACAUGCCUCACACUCAGGUCAGAAUCAGAAAGGUCAGAAAUCUCACACAUCCUGGGUUAGUGUUCAUAGUUCCCAUUGUUGAACGUCACGCCUUUGAUGUCACUCUCUGUCUUUGUUUUGGUUGUGACACACACAUAAAUAUUCAUUUUGGAAUACAAGAGCAGUUUUAACUGCAGACAGUAGGCAUUUGAAUUAUUGUUUUUCUAUGGGUAUUUAAUCCUUCUGUCACACACACAAACACACACACAAAACAAAAACAGCCCCCCGAGUCCCCAGGACACAGCAGAGCAUGGCCUAGCGGUCCCUCUGCCAUCACCCUCACCAGACCGACCUGCCUACCUGUCUUUAGAACCUGAAUGUCUGAAUGGGUGACCUCCGUGUGAGCAAGGUGCAGGGUACCAACACCCCAUGGCCAGAAGCAGCAGCCUCAGUGGCCUUCUGGAGCCCAUCCCCAGGUCCGAAGGCCUGAGCGGCAGGUGGAGCAGAGCUGACGCCAUGGUAACCCUGGAGUCCUUUGCUGUUCCUUCGUCGCCAAAAUGGCAGACCUCUGGGCUAGGGGGUCUUGUUUAGUUUUAACACUUCUUACCAGAGUGGCGGCAGCCUGAGAGUUGCUUCUGGGAUGGGAAUGUUUAAGUUAGGAGUAAGAAGAAGCUGGAAGAAAAUGACUGGAGAUUAAGUACAGAAAAGAAAGCUCGCAGUUCUCUGGCUCGUCUGUAGUUCAGGCUCACGGCUCUCACUAGGCCUCUGCCCCACAGUGUUUCCCCCUAACAAAAGAGAGAGAAAGAAAGAGAGAAAAGGAGAAAAAAGUUUAUAAAGAAGGUAUUACAUGUGGAAGUUUUUAAUUUAUUUUGUGAUACCUGUUUUAAUCACUGUAGAGAAGCCCCCAUCAUAAAUUUAAAUACUGAGGAAAAGAGGUAUGUGUGUGUGUGUGUGUGCGCGUGUGUACUUUGGAUGGGACAGUUUUUGUUUGGGGGGGUGUUUUGUUUUUCAAACAUUUAUCUACCUCACACUUAUUUUUCAUGUGUGUAUAUAUUUAAAAAAUACAUCUCACACUUCUCAGUACCGACAAUAGGCCAAUGAUACUGGUAACCUCAUACACACCACAGGCCACAUACCCAGGGGAAAGAGAGGUCAGGCUGGAUUCUGGGGUCAAAGCAACACUAAUUCACUCAGCCUCCCCCACUCCUGUCCAAAAGCUCGCUUUUCCUGGGGCAUCUUUGGUUUUUUUGUUUUUUUGUUUUUUUGUCACCUGGUUCCCUCAGAGGUUUCCCUGCUUCCAACCCAGCACCCCACAUGAGCCCAGAGCACACCAGUGGAGGGAUCCCUUGCCCAUCCUCAGUUGCCUGACUUCAGAACGUUAUAGCAAUUGAAUGACCGACAUCUAUCACCCCCAAGAGAGGAGGUCUUCCCAGAUUUUUGAGGGCUGAGGCACCCACACAUAGGUUGUUGCAGAGUCCCAGUGUGUGUGUGCAUGUCGGGUGCCCCGUGGGCCCCCUCUGCUGCUCUGUCGAGGCCUACCCCAUGACAGGAGCAUGCCACCAUUGCAGUCUUGCAUUGGUUUCUCUCAGAGGUACAGCCCUGUCAGCCGUUGGAGAGCCCUGCCCUUAACCCUGCUUCUGAAAGAAGGCCAGUAUGAAAAAGGGGGCAGGACCAAGUGUGCACCACCCCCCCUGCAGGCUGCUGUACUUUCCUCUUCCUCCCUGCACCCCCCAGGGUUAUACAAGGCCUGACCAAACCUCCUCGAGGCUGGACAGCCAGUGGUUGGCACUCAGCCUUCCCUGUGCAUUGCCUCUGUCCAUCCCAUCAUUUUGCUGCUCAUUGGGGUGGACGGUGCACUCCUCAAUUCCAGCAGCUGCUCUCUCAGGCCCUGGGGACUUUAGCUGGGAAACACAGUGGGGGAUACUUCCCCAGUGUGGAGAACUGCCGAACAGUUCAGUAAGUUCAGAGUCCUUUUCCUCCUGCCGGCAUGCUGGGAGAUACUGUUUGAUCAGGGUUUUCCUCUUCUCCACUAGGGCAUCCCAUGGUAUAGUGGCCUCUCCUCUUUUGCACAAACCUGCCGGUUUCCAUGACUGGAUAUCUACAGAUCAUUCAGCUGGUUUUAAGGGUUAUUUUUUGUUUUGUUUUGUUUUUAAUUGUCUAAGUUGUUGGUGGUGUUUUAAGUAAGAUUUUUUUUUUCUUUUAAGUAGAGAGAAAACACUUAACAGUGUAGUACCCACCAUAACAUGCCCCAGAAACACUUCAGUAAAAGAGAAGUCUGUUUGUAUGAUGGUAUGGUCACUUUGCUGGACCGACUCACCCACCUUGACUAUUGUAAGGCAUCAUGUAUCCACAGUUCUAGCCUAAUUUCAUGCUGAUUUUUCCUGCCUCUUCCUGAUGUUUCUCUCUAUAUGCUCCAAGUAAUCUUACCAAGCUGAGUUGUGGCCUUUUUCUUGCAACCUCCUUUCCUGGCAGCAGCUCCCACUGCUUGAAGUAACGUGAACCACUGAGGCACGUCACUGCGGUGACGUGAACAUUAAGGUCUUCUCCCACACGGCCCUUCCUUGAGGCAGCAGGAGCUGAGUUGUGGAAACACAGACGAACCUGAACUGUGUGAGACCCACACUAUCCCAUCUCCUUUCAGGAAUGUCAAUUUCGUUUGACUCUUAGUCGGAAGGAGGCUUCCUCCUGGAACAUAGAAGACUGUUGAAGGCCAUCGCUGGCCUCUCCUUAUGACAAUUCAAUGGUAGGAAAAGCAGCUUCCUAAGAUAGACAGCGAUCAUUGUGAAAAGAGCAGAUGGCUGAGUGUUUGGUAUGCAGUCGUGUUCUUUGGAUGGGCUAACAGAUGGAUGAGCUCUGUAUGAUGCCAAGUUCUAAGCCAAUGUGUGCUCCCGGAGCCUCUUUCUUAACAGCCCACCUCUGUUGGCAGUGGCUGUACCUGAAGCAAGCAGGCUGUUGUGGCAAGGUCACGCGAAGGUCAGAUGGGCGAGAAGGCUAGGAUGUUUACCCAAGGUCCUCUGUUGUCAUUGUUGGGCCCUUUCAGAGUGGUCACACAGUGUUGAAGGUAACUCCUUUCCUAAACAUUGGCAUCCUGCAGGUGACAAUUCCACCCUGUUGAUAUGUUUGGCCCAUUUUAACAGUAAUGAAUUUAUGGUUUUGGGUUUUUUGUUUUUUGUUGGUUUUUUUUUUUUUGGUUUUUUGUUUUUGCUUUUGUGUUUGUCUUGAUGUCUUCAUUUCCUGGGCUAAGCAGCAGCAUUGAGAAACCUGGACCAGAGAGAUCCACUCCUUACGAACCAGUGAUGAUGGUCAAACUUGAUCACUCCACUCUGAACUAGGUGGUGUUACAAAUUGAGAACUUCAAGACAGGAUGUUUGUUUAAAGUGAACCUCUCUUGCCAGAGGUGCUGAAGAUACAAACCUUGAACAGGGCAGGGGGUCUUCGCUUAAGGCCUCCGGCUUUGAAAACCGGUUGGUUAUUUAGAGAAACAAACAUUCCUUGAUGGAAUGACGGGAUGACCGGGCAGUAGGAAGCGGUAGGAACUGGGACCAUGACGUGAAGAGACUUGCUGACAGCGUAAAGGGCUUAGAAGAAGCGUGAAUCGUAUUUGGACGUGAUGGUUUCUGAAGGCGUGAGACCGCAUCGAGCCUGUGGAGUCAUCGUGGGCAUUUGGUUUCAGAGAAUAAACUUAGCAUCCUGCUCUGGAAACUUCUCGCAGAACUCAGACUCCAUCACGCUCACCCAUUGGGUUGUCCGUCUGGGGCAUGCUAGGGAUUUAUUUUGUUUUGUUUCUGUGAGGACUUCAUAAUCACUGAUUUGUGUGUCCACGUGUGUCCGCAUCUUUCCAGUAAACAUCGUUUUUUAAAUUAGUCACUCAUUUUCGUUUCCAAUCGGGCUUCUAAGUCCAGUAGAUUACGGGUAGUCAGUUGACGAAGAUCUGGUUUACAAGAACUAAUUAAUGUUUCAUUGCAUUUUUGUAAGAACAUAGAAUAAUUUUAUAAAAUGUUUGUAGUUUAUAAUUGCCGGAAAUAAUUUAAAAACACUUUUUUUCCCUCUGUGUGUGCAAAUAUGUGUUUAUGGUCUUUUUUUUUUUGACACUUGUUCACUAGCUAGCUUUACAAUAUGCCAAAAAAAUACCAAAAAAAAUUUUUUUUAAUUCCCCCACCCCCACCCUGAAUCCAAAUGGUGGUUUACCCUCUUUCCCACAUGCUAUGUGCUCUAAUUUUAAAAAAAGAGAAAAAAAAGGAAUGACAGUGGUUUUAAAAGUACUUCUGUAUUCUUCAGGUCAUCUUUUAGUGAUCGUGUCGCGGUGGAGUGUAGCAACCUGAACAGUUCAAAAAGUACCAAAAGCCUUGCUGGCCGUGAAGUAGCAGGAUGUGGUCACCCAGCAGUGUGGCAUGGUGUUCACGGUGGCAUCUGACUCACGUGGCUGGUGUUUGUAAUGCUCUGCAAUGCCAUGGAGAUGGGGGGGCUUCCGGACACAGAAGGCGGCGCAGCCUCUUGGCUCGUGUGCCUCAGACCCCUGUGAUGGCUGUGCCUGCUUGUACUUAAGGCUGGAUGCUGAAGGUACAUUUUCCAAUACAGAGCAAACCACAGAAACCACAACAUACCCCCCCCCACCAUUUUUUAAGAGUUAAAAUCCACUUUUUCUUUUUUUUGACACCCACUGCAUUAUUGGCCAUGUCUCUGCAGUUCCAGAAGAUACCACUGCUGGAAACAGCUGGAAUUGUCUAACUCUACAGGAAAAGGGUCUGGGAACCAUUUGUGGCUUGGGUUGGAUUUGGUUUUUCAGUUUCUCUCGGAUGUCGGGCGUUGUGCAGACAUGAACACAGGUGGGACAGAUACCUGCCUGGUGACAUCACCUGUCUGCCUCCUAAGCCAGUGAGGUUGGGUGAGAGGUGUGCCAGGGUUUGUCUACCUCUGGGUUUAAAAAAAAAAAAAAUCAAAAGGCGUGAUGGAACCGAUGCAUUGCCAAUAAUGUAUUUCUGAGUUUUCUUGUUAAAAACUUUUCUUAAAAAAGAAAAAAAAAGUUUUAAAAAGAUAACAAUAUGGCCAAUUUGUUACAUAAAAUAACUUUCUGUGUAUAAAUUAUUCCUUAAAAAGCCCUCUGUUUAUAUUUAAAAAAAUCAGUAGAUGAAAAAAAUUCAAUGUUUUUGUAUAUUCUGUUGUAAGAAUUUAUUCCUGUUACUGCGACAUACUCGGGAUUCUUUACAUUAUGAAAAAAAAGAAACUUUGUCUAUUUUGAAUGGCUGAAGCUAAGGCCACUUGAGUUUCUUAUUACUCUGCUUUUUUCUAGUAGUUAAAGUACCACAUGGGUUAAGUUAAAUAAAAGAAUUCUGUAU